AUGUCAAUCAGCAAUCAGAUCCCUAAAGAAGUCGAUAUUGUGGUUGCCGGUGGGGGAACAACUGGCAUCGUCGUAGCCUCAAGACUGGCCAAAGCGGACCCAACUCUGUCAAUCCUCAUACUCGAACAUGGCCCCGAUGUUCGUGACAACCCACAAAUCGUCAAUCCGGCACUUUUCAUUACCAAUAUUCUACCAGGAUCAAAGACAGCUACAUUCUACACUGCUGAGCCGUCUGAGUAUCUGAACGGUCGACAAGUUGUUGUUCCGAUAGGAGGAUGUUUAGGUGGAGGCAGCUCGAUCAAUUUCCUUGUUUAUGUUCGGCCGCAGGAGAUUGAUUUUGAUGAUUGGAUGACAGAAGGCUGGUCCGGGAAAGAGAUGAUCACAUUCUUCAAGAAGUUUGAGAAUUUUCAGAACGCCGAUCCCCAAGUUGACCCCUCCAUUCAUGGUUAUGGUGGCGAAUUGAGUAUUUCAGCGGGUUCAAAUGCGCAGGAUGGAUUUCAACAAGACUUCUUCCAGGCUUGUGAAGCCAUCGGUAUUGACCAAGUAGCCGAUGUUCAAGACUUCAAAACAUCAAAUGCUGUCGGAAAAUGGUGCAGUUGGGUCGACAAGAACGAUGGACUCCGUCAAAAUGUUCCUCAUGGGUUUCUAUAUCCCAUUCUGGAUGCGAACAAUACAGGGCUACAAGUUGCCACAGAAGUAAAAGUUGGAAGAAUUAUUUUUGAGAAGGAAACUAAUCGUGCUUAUGGAGUGGAAUAUUUCUCCGGGAAAAGCUCUGAACCACAAGUUGUUCAUGCUCGCAAACAAGUCAUUCUAGCCGCAGGUGCACUGGGGUCACCACAAAUCCUUGAACGCUCAGGUGUUGGAAGUUCGGGCCUGCUUUCACAACUGAAUAUUCCGCUAGUAAGUGAUCUGCCGGGUGUUGGGUCCGAUUAUCAAGAUCACAACCUGGUCUUGUAUACUUACAAGUCCGCCGCGACGGAGGAACAAACCAUAGAUGGACUGCUCAGCGGGCGAUUCAGCCUUGAAAAUGCAUUCAAACAGAAACUUACCACUCCAGAACGGUAUAUUCUUGGCUGGAAUGGUCUAGAUUGCUUUGGAAAACUUCGGCCAUCGGAAGAGCAGAUCAAGUCCUUUGCGCCUUCAUUCAAAGAGCUUUACGACAGAGACUUCAGAGACCGCCCAGAGAGACCUAUGAUGUUGCUUGCCACCAUUGCAGGCUACCUCGGUGACCAUUCAACUGUUAAAAGCGGGCAAUAUUUUACUUGCAUACCUUACACUGCUUACCCCUAUUCUCGAGGCUCAAUUCACAUCAAAUCCACAUCUCCAUUUGACGCACCGGAAUUUAACCCAGGCUACCUGUCCGACCCAGCGGAUGUUGAGCAGAUGCUAUAUGGUUACAAACUUCAGAGAGAAAUUGCGCGACGCUUGUCCCACUAUCGCGGACCUCUUGAAAGCACACAUCCCAAAUUUCCAUCUGGAUCGAAGGCAUCUUACGAGUAUGUGGAUAAUCUUUCUGCCGAGAAAGGAUUUCUAGUGCCCAUUGAAUAUACUCCCGAGGACGGUGAUGUUAUUAGGGAUUAUAUUCGCCAAUCAGUGGAGACUACAUGGCACAGUAUGAGCACCUGUGCUAUGAAGACACGGGAGAAUGGUGGCGUUGUCGACGAAAGGCUCAACGUUUACGGCGUUGAAGGUUUGAAGGUUGUCGAUCUUUCGAUUUGCCCUGAAAAUGUCGCAGCGAAUACAUACUCAACUGCUCUAGCCAUCGGCGAGAAGGCUGCUACCCUUGUUGCCGAAGACUUGGGUAUCACACUUUGA